GAAAGUCCUAGAAAAUCUUUCCAAUUCCCUUCUUAUGUCAUUUUGUGCAUAUAACCGGGGCUCAUUUUCUUCUUAGUGACAUAAGAAGGGGAAUUGUCAUCUAGGAGAAGUGGUCCUUAGGCCUGGGCUCAACUCCUUACAAAAGCUAAUUUUCUCUAUUGUACAUCAUAAGUUAGUAAAAUUACAGGUAAAGAUGGGAAAGUCCUUGUUUAUGUACCUUAGUUUCUGUAACAGAACAAUUUGGAGUUGCAUCCUACAAUGCCAACUGAAUAGUUACUUCUAUGUUUCCAUCCAUGUAUGUAAUAACAGAACUGUGCUAAUGUUUCUCUGCAGUCAUUCGUGUUUUUUGCUACGCACUACCAGGAGUUGA